AUGUGGAUCGUUGGCAGCGCUCCAGAGCUGCUUCAAGUCGCCAAAGACAUCGCCGAGGCAUUGAAGGUGCCAGUUCUUGCCGCGGCUGCUGAAGCAGUAGCAAAACAGGUUGAAAACGAUGGUUCCACGAAGGCCGCUACUUUCUUGAUCGGUGAAGAGCUACGCACAGUGACCCUGCUUGCGGUUCCCCCAGCGCAAAGCCGCGUGGUGUGCAAAGCCCGGCCUGACGUGAUUGCGAAGCAUAUGCAAGGCAAAAUCCGUGGCAAGGACAUCGUGAUAGCAGUGACGGAGGAGAAUCGCCUGGCGACGGGUCUUGCCGUAGCUCGUUGCUUGCCACCCUUUGCAAGCAAAGCUGACACGCCGAGCCCGGCAGAUGCGACAGUGCGCUUCUACGGUGUAGCACCGGGACCAUUGCUAGCGAAGUUGAAUCACAUGGCAACAGCGGUUCGUCUUGCACAGGGGCUGGUAGACAUGCCGCCAAACUUCAUUCAGCCAGCGACGUUAAAGGAGUUCGUGCUAGCAGCGACGAAAGGUCUGGACAAGGUGACAGCACAUGUCAUGGAAGGAACAGAGCUUCGAGACAAGGGAUACGGUGGCCUUUGGAAUGUGGGGAAGAGUGCCGAUCAGAUCAUUGCCGACUUCGGCACAGCGGUGGAUUUGACAGGCCGAGAUUUUGACACGUCCACCGACAUCUAUUCUGCCGGAAAGUCGCUGUGUGAUGUCCUUCAGCCACCCAAGGAUGCCCCGCUGCUGGACGCACUUUUUGGCAACCCAAUCGACUCAGACCAGAUGUCCUGGGCUCCUGCUGACCUGAGCUUGAGCAGCUACGCCUCGGUCAUGGGGGUGGGGGAUCGGAGAUGGUUCGUGGACAUCCUGUAUGCCAUGCAGUCCCUGGUUCCGUACGUCAGCAACAUCGACCGCAUGCAGGAGGAGUGCGACGUCCUGGCGCUAACGCUGGCCCGCUACGACAAGGUCACACUUUAUGCGAAUUUACGUGGAUGCCAACAAGCAGUUUUCCCCUCCCCGUACUACAAGUGUUUGCGCACCUUCCUCGAUCUGGACGACGACACCCUGGGAGUGUUCAAGCUGAAGGUGUUCGAGACCUUCUUUGCCAAUUGUGUGCAGUGGCAGCUCUUUUUGAGGGACACAACCAACCUGCAUGUCUCCCUGACGGGCGACGGGGACCUCUUGAUCUUCACCAAGAUCGACUUGAUCCAGGACAUCCGCUAA